AUGGCAUCUGUGCAGUCAACAGGCGUUUCUGCGCCCACCUCGAACGUUAACUCCCCGAGGGGGACGCCAUCCUUUAAUGGUGCAGGUCUAGAUUUGAACCCGAGUUCCUCACCAGCUCCUCCCAGUAAUGCGUCAGCGCAGCUCGACUCGAAAUCAAAGCGCAACAAGCGUGAUAGUCGCAAGAAGCGAGAAGCCAAGGGUCUAGACCAGGAAAGCGCGCCACCACCAAAGAAGAAGAGUGCUGUCGUACAGAACAUUGCGCUUCCGAGCUCUGAUCUCAGUAUACUAAGGCCUCUACUCCUUGCCGAACCCAAACAUUCAGACUUACUACCGCCACAGCCACGGCAGAUGAAUCCCGUGACCAGAAAGUCAUCAAGCACAAACAAUCAGCAAUGGGACUUUUAUGAAGUGGUGGACAAACUUACAAAUAAGAAUGGUUUCCGCUAUAGCUAUGCCAUAGCUGACCCAGGAUUCCCGCAUAUCAAGUACCGUCAGACCGAUCUUCACCCAUAUCAUGCACGUUUCAGUUUCGAAGACUCUCCCGCUGCGAUCCAAUUCUCUAAAGACGCCCUUGCCGUUACUACCCCCGAGCCAUGGCAUACUGCACGAGCAAAUGUAUGCGCGCGUGAAGGGACAUAUUACUACGAGGCACGUAUCAUAAGCGGUGUGGUCAAUGAUCCUCAAGCACCACCAACGAAUGGAAACUCCAAGACACUGUCAAGAGGCCAUGUUCGCCUUGGGUUUGCACGACGAGAGGCUGAUCUUGACGUAAACGUCGGCGUUGAUUGCUACGGGUAUGGGAUUCGCGAUGUGAACGGGGAAGUGGUCAAUCGAAUGCGCUGCGAGCACCUCUUCCCCAAAGGCGAGUCUAUCCGUGAAGGCGAUGUAAUUGGCAUGCUCAUCACCCUCCCACCAUUGUCCCUCCACAAGAAGAUCGUGGAAGGCACAUACGAUCCUGCAGUCGACAGCAACGCUUCCGCGCAAAACUCAGAGCAUCCCUACAGUUCCAACAUCAUCCGUGACCGUAUACCCUUCCAUUACAAAAACGACUUUUGCUGGCAACAAUCAAACGUAUUCCCAACAAAGCAUCUCCGCGACUAUGCCUAUAACCUGAAAGACACGCCCAGUCAGGGACCCCCAUCACCAUUGAACAGUGAAGAUGCCUCCAUGCGCACACUGCCAGGGUCUAGCAUCACAAUAUUCAAAAACGGUGUCAAAAUGGGCACGCCGUUUAAGGAGUUAUACGCAUUCCUCCCACCUGCUAGUCGUCUCGCAAACGGCACCAACAAUUUGGGCCUAGGGGAGCGAGAAAACGCAGACGAUGGGAUGAUCGGAUACUAUCCCGCAGUUAGCUGCUAUGGCGGCGGUGCGGUCGAAUGUCGCUUCGAGGGUCCUUGGUGGUUUGGCCCACCGUCUGAGACCGAGAACGGUGAACCCGUGCGGCCCAUGGGCGACCGGUUCAAUGACCAGAUCGUCGAGGAUGUCAUGGCGGACAUUGUUGACGAGGUCGAGGCUAUGAUGGUCUGGGGUGGCGUGGAUGGUGAUGUCGUUGGGAAUGCGCAGAUGGAUAGCACUGAGUCCGGUGCUGUUGGCGGUUCGGAGGUUUUGAAGGGCGGGGUUGGGGCUGCGUUUGAAUCAGCUGGGUCUACAGGAGGUAAUAAUACUCCUACGACUGGGGUGGCUGAUGGAGCGGAGCAUACUGCAUUUGAAGACGCUGGUACGCCAAAUGUUGAGACGUCAGACGUGAAGGUUGAAGAUGCUGCUGUUAAUCAGGACAUUGAGAUGUCUUGA